AUGCCUCCCUACAAGAUCUCCCCGCCUGUCAAUUGCGAUGCUGAUUUCGGUAGAGACCAAUUGAUGGGCAAAACUGUGAUUAUCACUGGAGGAGCCAGCGGUAUUGGAGAAGCAUACGCACGAGCACUACACAAAGUAGGUGCCGUGGUCGUUAUCGGCGAUAAGAAUGCUACCACGGGAGAAAAGCUUUCUUCAGAGCUGUCAGGGUCCAAGUUUGUUCACUGUGAUGCAACCCAGUGGGAAGACCAAGUUUGUCUUUUCAAGGAAGCAGCCCGUCUUUCGCCUUCUGGGAAGAUCAGAUAUGUGAUAGCAAAUGCUGGCUUCACUAAAAGUGACCAGACGUUUACAUUUGACGGGCAUGGAAAGGAACCCCAGAAGCCCGACUUGAAGGUUAUCGAUGUGAAUCUCAAAGGAACACUUUACACAGCAAAACUCGCCAUGCACUACUUUGUGUCUCAGAACGGAACCGAACCACGACAAGAUCAAGACGACACAUGCUUCAUUCUUAUUAGCUCAGGUGCUGGUUUUGUUGAUGUUCCCAGAAGUCCAGAGUACAGUAGCACAAAGUGGGCAGUCCGUGGAAUCAUGCAUGCAUUGCGAAGAACUUCGUUCUAUUACAGCAGUCGGGUCAAUGUCAUUGCGCCUUGGUAUAUCCGGACUAGCAUUCUGUCCAAGGAGCAGUUUGAUGAAGUGGAAACUUCAGGCGUAGAGCUUGCCACCACUGAAGAUGCGGGCGAGUGUGCGUUGCGAAUCUUGAGUGAUAAGAGUAUCAAUGGACGAACUCUGUUUGUCUGUGCACGCAAAUGGGCUCCGCGCGGGUAUAUCGAUCUUGAUAUUGAGGAUUAUCCUGAUAGCCCGUUGCUGCAGGAGAUUCAGGAGGAUCAGAUGAGAAAUGCGCCGGUUGAGUUGGGAUUGUUUCCUUAG